ACCAGCUCCUUCCUGAUCAGAGUUCUCCCACACUCAUUUCAGCCCGGCUUGCUGUCUUCCUUUCUUUCAGUUUUUUAAACUGUUUUUUACUGGUAGGUUUGAAACGAGAGACAUUUUAUUUUCAGCACAUUAGGUGAGCUGUAAAAGAUGCUCAGUAAAUUAUGAGAGAAGAAGAAGUAGGGUUGAACAGAGAUGAGGAAGGAAGGGAGGAAAAGGCGGAAAAAGAAAGAAGAUAAGAAGAGGGUCGUGGUCUCCAACCUACCUUUCGAAGGAUGGCCCUACAAAGAAAACCCCAACCGCCACUAUCGCGGGAACCAAGUCAAGACCAGCAAGUACACAGUGUUGUCCUUCAUACCCAAGAACCUUUUCGAGCAACUGCACCGUUUUGCCAAUCUCUAUUUUGUGGGCAUCGUCAUUCUGAAUUUCAUCCCCGUGGUCAAUGCGUUCCAGCCAGCGGUGAGCAUGAUUCCGAUCUGUGUCAUCCUCGCUGUCACCGCCAUCAAGGAUGCCUGGGAAGACUUCCGGAGAUACAAAUCUGAUAAAGUCGUCAAUAACCGAGAGUCCCUGAUCUAUAGCAGAAAAGAGCAGAGCUACAUGCCAAAGCGCUGGCAGGAUGUGCGUGUGGGAGACUUUGUUCAGAUGCGGUGUAAUGAGAUCGUCCCGGCAGACAUCCUUCUCCUCUUCUCCUCGGACCCCAGUGGGGUCUGUCACCUGGAAACUGCCAACUUGGAUGGAGAGACCAACCUCAAACAGAGGCGUGUUGUGAAGGGCUUCUCACAGCAGGAGGUGCAGUUCCAACCGGAGUACUUCCAUAGUACCAUCAUAUGUGAGAGGCCCAACAACCACCUCAGCAAGUUUAAGGGUUAUAUGGAGCAUCCUGACCAGACCAGGACUGGCUUCGGCAGCGAGAGUCUUCUACUCCGAGGCUGCACCAUUCGAAACACCGAGGUGGCCGCUGGCAUUGUCAUCUAUGCAGGUCAUGAGACAAAAGCCAUGCUGAACAAUAGUGGUCCCCGUUACAAACGCAGCAAGAUCGAGCGGCGCAUCAACACGGACAUCUUCUUCUGCAUCGGCCUCCUCUUCCUCAUGUGCCUCAUUGGGGCUGUAGGGCAUGGUCUCUGGACUAGGACCUUUGAAGAGCAUCCUCCCUUUGAUGUGCCAGACGCUGAUGGGAACUUCCUCCCCCUUGCCCUUGGAGGCUUCUAUAUGUUUCUCACAAUGAUCAUCCUGCUCCAGGUGUUGAUCCCCAUCUCUUUGUACGUAUCCAUUGAGCUGGUGAAGCUUGGGCAAGUGUACCUCCUUCAUAACGACCUUGACCUAUAUGAUGAAGAAACCGAUUUGUCCAUUCAAUGUCGGGCCCUCAACAUUACCGAGGACCUGGGCCAGAUCCAGUACAUCUUCUCUGACAAAACAGGGACCCUGACGGAAAACAAGAUGGUGUUCCGGCGUUGUACCAUUGUGGGCCGUGAAUAUUGUCACCAAGAAAAUGCCAAGCGACUGGAGAUGCCAAAGGAGUUGGACUCAGAUGGUGAGGAGUGGACCCAAUACCAAUGUCUGUCCUUCCCACCUAGAUGGGCCCAGGGCCCAGCAACAUUGAGAAGCCAAGGAGGUACCCAGCCUCUGAGGAGGUCCCAGAGUGCCCGCGUCCCCAUCCAGAGCCACUCUCGACAAAGGUCUGUGGGACGCUGGGAGCCCUCACAGCCACCGGUGGCCUUCAGCAGCUCAAUAGAAAAAGAUGUGACUCCAGAUAAAAAUCUCCUGAGCAAGGUGAAGGAGGCUGCCCUGUGGCUGGAGACCUCCGACAGCAGACUUGCCCAGCCUUCCCAUUCCACCACGGCUUCCAUCGCUGACUUCUUCCUUGCCCUGACUAUCUGCAACUCUGUCAUGGUGUCCACGACCACUGAGCCCAGGAAAAGGGUUACGACUCCGCCCUCCAACAAGGCUCUGGGUUCAUCCUUGGAAAAGAUCCAACAUCUGUUCCAGAGGCUGAAGAUUUUGAGCCUCAGCCAGUCGUUCUCCUCCACCGCCCCCUCUGACCCUGAUCUAGGAGAAAGCCUGGGACCCAACAUGCCCACCACAGACUCAGACGACAAAGAUGACGUAUCUGUGUGUAGUGGAGACUGCUCCACGGAUGGUGGCUACAGGAGCAGCACUUGGGAGCAGGGUGACACCCUGGGGUCCGGGUCAGGGGCUUCUCUGGAGGAGGGGCUGGAGGCCCCAGCUCUCAACCUAGAUGAACCGGAGCUCUGUUAUGAGGCCGAGAGCCCUGACGAGGCAGCUCUGGUGCACGCGGCCCGUGCCUAUAGUUUCACCCUGGUGUCUAGGACACCUGAGCAGGUGACUGUGCGUCUGCCCCAGGGCAUCUCCCUCACCUUUGAGCUCCUCUUCACCCUGGGAUUUGACUCUGUCCGGAAGAGAAUGUCAGUAGUGGUGAGGCACCCACUGACGGGUGAGAUCAUCGUCUACACUAAGGGUGCUGACUCCGUUAUCAUGGACCUGCUAGAUGAUCCAUCCUGUGUGAGUGAUAUUGAUGUGGAGAAGAAGCUGAAAAGAAUCCAAGCCCGGACCCAAAAACAUCUGGACUUGUAUGCAAGAGAUGGCCUUCGAACCCUGUGCAUUGCUAAGAAGGUUGUAAAUGAAGAGGACUUCCAGAGGUGGGCCAGUUUCCGGCGGGAGGCAGAGGCAUCCCUGGACAACAGAGAGGAGCUCCUGAUGGAGACAGCCCAGCACCUGGAGAACCACCUCACCCUACUCGGAGCCACUGGGAUUGAGGACCGACUCCAGGAAGGAGUUCCAGACACCAUCGCUGCACUACGGGAGGCUGGAAUCCAGCUCUGGGUUUUGACAGGAGAUAAACAGGAGACUGCAGUCAAUAUCGCAUAUUCCUGCAAACUGCUGGAUCAGACUGACACCGUGUACUCCAUUAACACAGAGAAUCAGGAGACCUGUGAGUCCAUCCUCAACUGUGCAUUGGAGGAUGUAAAGAGGUUUCGUGAACCACAACAGCCAGCCCGAAAACUCUGUGGGUGCCGCACACCAUCUAAGAUGCCAUCGGCUAACUCAAGAGCUAUGACUCCUGACGUUGGACUAGUCAUUGAUGGGAAGACAUUGAAUGCAAUUUUCCAGGGGAAGCUGGAAGAUAAGUUUUUGGAGUUGACGCGGUAUUGUCGAUCUGUCCUGUGUUGCCGCUCCACCCCCCUCCAGAAGAGUAUGAUUGUCAAGCUGGUGCGAGACAAGUUGAGCGUCAUGACUCUUUCCAUAGGUGAUGGAGCAAAUGACGUAAGCAUGAUUCAAGCUGCUGACAUUGGCAUUGGAAUAUCUGGGCAGGAAGGCAUGCAGGCCGUCAUGUCCAGCGACUUUGCCAUUGCCCGAUUCAGCCACCUCAAGAAGCUGCUGCUCGUGCACGGCCACUGGUGUUACUCGCGCCUGGCCAGGAUGGUAGUGUACUACUUCUACAAGAACGUGUGCUAUGUCAACCUGCUGUUCUGGUACCAGUUCUUCUGUGGUUUCUCCGGCUCCACCAUGAUCGAUUAUUGGCAGAUGAUAUUCUUCAAUCUCUUCUUCACCUCCUUGCCUCCCAUUGUCUUCGGAAUCCUCGAUAAAGAUGUCUCUGCAGAAACACUCCUGGCGUUGCCUGAGUUAUACAAGAGUGGCCAAAACUCCGAGUGCUACAACCUGCCAAGGUUCUGGAUUUCCAUGGCUGAUGCGUUCUACCAGAGUCUCAUCUGUUUCUUUAUCCCUUACCUGACCUACAGAGGUUCAGAUAUAGAUGUCUUUACCUUUGGAACACCAAUCAACACCAUCUCCCUCAUUACCAUCCUCUUGCACCAGGCAAUGGAAAUGAAGACAUGGACUGUCCUCCACGGCCUUGUCCUUCUCGGCAGCUUCUUGAUGUACUUCGUGGUUUCCCUCAUCUACAACGCCACUUGUGUUACUUGCAACAGCCCCGUCAAUCCCUACGGGGUGAUGGAAAGGCAGCUCUCAGACCCCACAUUCUACCUCAUCUGCCUGCUCACACCAGUUGCGGCUCUUCUACCCAGGUACUUACUCCUGUCUCUACAAGGCACAUAUGGGAAGUCUCUCAUCUUAAAAGCCCAGAAAAUUGACAAGCUGCCCAUAGACAAAAGAAACCUCGAAAUCCAGAACUGGAGAAGCAAACAGAGGCCUACUCCUGCCCCUGCUUCUGCCUCUGCUUCUGUUCCUGUUUCGGACCCUGCCCAUGUUCAGCCUCCAUGCCAGUCAGUAUCACCUGCACGACAGCAGGGCUUAGGAACCAGCACCCCAAAGAACUUUAGCCCUCCCAGGCAGAAGCAUGUUGAAAACUGGGUUCUCCAGGGUCCAAGAUGCAACAGAGAGCUCUCACGGGAUAGCUCAUGCUCAGGAGACACCUUGGCUAAAUUCUCAUCUGGGGAAUGUCUACUGGGCCCAAACAGAACAAUGGCUCUGACAGCCUAUGUCAGGGGACAGAAGGAUGUGUCUCGACUCUCAAGCAAAGGCAGCCAUCGCCGGUCUCAGAGUUCACUCAUAUGAGGGGACUACAAAAAUCGGAGAUUGAAGCAAACUCAGAAGAGGCCACCUUAAUAACUGGCAAGUGACCCAGUUCCCUUCCUCUCUGUAGAGGAAUAACUGCCAGUUUUAUCAGUUCUCCUCCACCAGGGUUGAAUUCCUUGUGGAAAAGAUGUCCCCAAAGGGGUUGAGCAACACUGGAUUGUCAGGCCCACUGACUCUGGCUUUCUGCCAGGCAGCACAACUUCAAAACAAUAGUCUGGAUCCAGAUGUUUUGAUUUUGUUACAUUGUGUUCCAACGUUUUAACUCAAGCACAUCUUUAUGUGCUUCUACGUGAGCAAAGCCCAUGACCCCAAUGCAUCCAGGCAGUGAGUAUCCAAGACUCCAAUCAGUAUUACAAAUCUUUGAGAUGUAUCAGAAUAUGGAAGUUACUAGGGUUGCCAAGCCAUCACCUCACCUCACCCAAGAGUUCAAGUUUCAGAGGAGACCUGCACACACAAUAGCUUCUUCUCAAGAUCACUCCUGUACCAAGUCAGGAAUAUCAUCUCUUCCAUGAACAGAGUUGAGGCUGCCUCAUUCCUUUAAGCCAGUGGUUUCUCAACCUUUUUGAUGCUGCAUCCCUUUAAUAACAAAGCUCCUCAUGUUGUGAUGACCCCCCAACCAUAAAAUUAUUUCACUGAUAUUUCAUAACUGUGAUUUUGCUACUGUUAUGACUUGUAGUGUAAAUAUCUGAUAUGCAAGCUAUCUGACAUAUGACUCCCAAAGGGGCUGUGACCCAGGUUGAGAACCACUGCUCUAAGCCAAAGAAAACAACAUCUAAAGAUGAAAAUGGGAUUAGAUGGGAUUUGCGUGCAGUGCAACAGAUACUACCAAGGGCUGUGGGGUUACAACUCAUAUAAGAGGCAGGAAGGAUACACAUACUAAAGGUUUUUCACUAAUGGACCACAUGCCCCACCAUCUGGGGGAGUAUUCCAAAAGGACACAGCAUGCUCUCAUCAAACUACUGAUUUAUUUGGAAACAAACUGCCCAUCCUCAUUCAACUCUUACAAUGGGAAAAACCAGGGAUAAUAUAUUAGCAUAGCAUUCCUCAAUAAGAGGCCCAGAUGACAGAGCAACUAUGAGUUCAAAGUGGCAUCUUCAAGUUUAAAACCCACAUUAUCGGCUGAUGCCAGCGUGUCAUGCCAUCAUCGACCUGUGAUUCAGCUAAGUUAAACAGUCGUGGGGAAAGAAUUACAUGUGUUUCCUAUCCCUAGAAACUGUUAAUGCCAAAAGUGUUAACACUAUAAAAUGUUGAAGAUUUCUAUAAAAAGCUAAUUGACAGUUCUCAGAGGCUAUCAAGAUAAGCUAGGUCCGCUAUGACCAGCGAUGACCUAUUCCAAGUCUUCAAAGCUAAGUCAAGGAGUGUUCUUUGCCAUUGUCUCAAGGCAGUGCCUGCAUAUUGGGCAAAAAGUCCAAGGAUAGGAAAACUGUAACCUUUUUACCCAAGUCACCACCAGCAGCCAUGAGUUGGCCUGUGACUUAAGUAAUUCCUAAGUAAUGAUACUAAGAAAUAGCCCAACAAUCAAGACGGCAAAUGGCAGAAUGGGCUGACUCUGUUCAUCCUUGUGGAAAACAAAGAUUGGAGGAGCCCUUUUGAGCAUCACCCUAAAGCUCUGUGAUAUCAUAAUGCCAGCAUGAGCCAGAAGGUAGGAACUUAAGUAUCCUACCGAAAAAUUGAUAUGGUCAUACAGGAGGUGGGGGAUGAGUGAAGGAUAAGCAAACAUGGGUUGUUCCAAGUGAAGAGAUUCAUCAAAACUUGGAUCUAACUCCCCUUUCCUUCUGAGACUCCUACCUCCUGCCAAUAGUCAGAAAUUCCAGUAGUUUAUUCUAGAAAAUAGCAGAGUAUUUGCUCCAGUAGAUUGGAGUUUAAGUGUUUGCUUUUCCCUGUAGUCUUUAAAGGACCUUGGAGCAGGCUACCACGCUUGCAAAUUAAGUGGAAGCAGCUCUAGCUCCUGGCAUAAAGAUCAAGCCCAAAUUGCAUACGGUGUACUGAUGAGGCUUUCAGAGAGCAAGAGCUGUCCUUAGGAACAGGAGUCUCACUUCAGAGGGAAAGGAGGAUAAGGAGGUGGCGAGAAAAUGUGACACCCCACCCCUUCCAAGAUCCACGCUCUACUCAGCACUCUAAGGCUGCUCUUUUUCUUGACUAACUGACCGUCUCAGUGUGCCUGGAAUGAUCCCAGUGUUAUAGGUCCCUGCAUGCUGGGGAGCCUGGACCAUCUGGUCCCAAGUGGUCACUUUCUUUUGCUACUCGUUGUGAACCAAACCAGCUGUGUGAGUGACUGAUGUGCCACCUCACUCAGAGGGCAGCUCUAACGUUCCCUCUAUAAGGUAAUGCUAGGGACUGCAUUUAGUACAUGUUCUAUAUGUAUAAUCUUUUUACUGAUUGACUGGAAACAUGUCAUCAUCUUUUUUAGAAAAAAAAAGAAAAAUAAACUUGGUUUUUCCAUAA